GCGGCGAUAACCCCUCAUCCGGUAAAAGAUGGAUCCCGGUGGAAGUGACCUGGACUUCAGCCUGCCGCAGCCCGAGAACCCGUGUCUGAUCGUGGAGGACUCCCAGCCGGACAGCGUGGCCCUGGAGGAGGACCCGGACAGCGGCUACCGAGCCCUGCUGAGCCGCCGCCUAUCCAGCCUGCAGCCCAGUCCGCACAGCCCGGUCCUGGAGCUGAUUUCCUCCCCAGCCGGAAGUAGAUGUUCUCAGACCGACAGCCAAUCAGAGAUGUCCCUGAACAACAAGGAGGCGGGACCAGCCGUCUUGGAGACCUCUGAUCCCAGCUCAGCUUUCCAGCAGGAGAGUCAAGUCAUAAACAUCUGCCCCCCUCCAAAUAAAAAGAAGUACCCAUCUGGAGAAUGUGAAAUGGACUCGGGUGCCGAUUCCACGACGCACUGCUCUCAAUCAGAAGGAGGAACGUCUCAGUUUGGUUUUCUGGAGCUCUCCGAGACCCAGGGUCUGGGUGGUGACAUGGAGGAAACGCAGGUGGAAAAUGAGGUUAUAAUUCCACAGAAUGAGAGAAAUGACAAACCAGCUGAACAAAAGACCAGCGCCGCAGCGUCUGAAAGCCAGGACAACAAAUCCACAAGGUCCGAGGUGAGCUCCAGUAGCUCGACAGAACCGGGUCAGACCAGCAGGGAACUGAGUGUCCAGGUUCUGCUUCACUCGGAGGGCCUGGAGAGCGCUGAUGACGCCGAGAUUCUGUCCUCGCAGGAGGACCUGUUUGAUGGUGAGAAGACGGGUGCUGGUGUUGACAGCACCGUGUCCGAACCAGAGAACCGUGACCGAGUCUCACUGACGCCGGCCACCACCCUGCGACUGCUGCACCUCUCUGGGCAGGGCGCGCUGGUGCAGGAAAGCCUUUCCCAAAGCUCUGUGGACUACGUGGCUCCAACGCCAGACCACCUCAGAGAGACACCGGUGAUUGUUCCCAACUCGCCAACUGGGCCAGAGCAUGAGAACGGUGCUGGGGAACCAAUGGAUACCUCUCUGCCCCCAGAUGACCAGUCAGGAGACAAGGAGGAAGAACCAAUGGACAUGGACCCUGUCUCUAAGCCACGCCCCUCCGCAUCCACUCCCGUAUCCCAGAAUUCCCCAGGUUUUGUUUUAGAGAAGAACCUCUCUCAACCCUCCCAGCCUGAGUUCUCUCAUGACAUUUUUGUCCCAACCCAAAGUCAAGAAGCUGGGACCAGCAGCAGCGUGGCUCCACAGGAUGCGGACAGGACGAAGGUGACGCCGUCGUCUUCAUUGGUCCAUCCCAACAAACUGUCUCCAACUGUUUGUGAAUCCGCUCCGUUCAGUUCCCCCCUGCGUCUGACGGAGGACAUCAAGGACGGCAGCCCGGUGGCGGCGCCGACCCCAGACCAGUUAGAGGAGGACAGCCAGGCCACGCAGAUAGACGGCCUGGACGAGGAGCUCUGUGUGGACACCAGCGACUCUGUGACAUCAUGCCACCGUGAGGCGAGUCAGACUAAUGGUUUUCCCUCGGAAACAAAAGCCGUUCCAAACUCGGCGGCCGAAUCUCAUCUGACGCUUACGUGUGGCUCGUCGAAACAGACGCCGGCAAACCCGAAUGUGCAGAGUGUGGAUGUAAGCAAGGUUACUGCAGGGACAGAAGUCGGCAGCUCAGGAGAUACUGUUUCCUGCUCUCAGUCGCCUUCUGAUCCCAUUGACGUGACUCUAAACAGCUGCGAUCAGGAGCCUUGCUCAGACGCCGUGCCCUGUAGCCCAGCCCCACAGGCCCUGCCUCAGCCUGAGGGCUCUCAGAGCCGUGGCAUAGAAGACGUGAAGGGUACGGAGAGCGCCAUCAACUGGAGGAGAGAAGGAACCACGCAGGGUCGGUCAGAAUGUAGAGCCGCGGUGAACAGCCAGACAGACAAAGACAUGGAGGAGGAAGAGGAGAUGGAGGAGGGAGGGGAGAACACACUGGGGCCGGAGGGCUCGGGUCUGGGUCUGGUUCUCUCCCAGAGCCAGGCCUUAUCGCCAGAACCCAUGGAGGAAGAGGAGGAGGAAAAUGAGGGCAGUUUUAUUGUGCUGAGAGGGACAUCACCGCAGCUGCAGAGGAGCGGCUCUCAGCCGGUGGGAAGCAAAGUGUCCGUUUCCACCAACGGCCACGGAGCCCAGGCUCAGUCGGAGGACGUCCAGCCGGCUCCUGAUAGGCUCUCCCAGACUGAGAGGGAGGGGCCUGAACCGGACACAGUCAAAGACAAGAGCCUGAGCGACAGUUCAGGAGAAAUUCCUUUCCACUUCACCCUUCCCAAAGAAGGCGAGAUGAUUGGGCCGGUUGUCAGUGCAACGCCCCCUCUGAUCAACCAGCUGAAGCAGACACCCAGACACAGCACUCCUAUUGAGAUCACUUCAUUGUCAGAGAAGUCGGCCGUGGUGGAGGAUGUUUCUGUGGAGACAGAGAUGGCAGCCAGUGACAUUGUCGCCGGGGACAGCGGGGAGGAGGCAGUGGAAAAAGCAGAUGGAAAACUGAGUUUACGGAUGAAGUUGGUCACCCCUGUGGAGGAGGGCAGCUCGGAGCGCUUCAGCCUGCAGAAGCCAGAGGAAGACUCUGUCGUCAAGGUUACCACCGUUGCCACAGCCGUUACCAGCAGCCCGUCAGUGUUCAGCCGGAUCAGACAGGUCCACAGACAGCUGGAGGCAGAGGACAACAUCCAGCCAGUGGGUGCCGCUUCACCUGUCAGGAUGGCGCUGUUGAGCUCAUCACAGAGAGCAUCUCAGACAUCAUCAUCAUCACAGGAAUGCAAAAGCCUCCCCGACACCCAGUUAGAUCCUGCCUCGGUCUCAGAGCAGGAAGUGUUGAUAACACUACCAGAGACCUCGGAGGAACCGCCGUUCCCUGCCCCACAGGCCGAUGCCGUCGCCGGGGAGAGGGGAGUGACCGAGGCCCAUGAGCCGUCCACUCCGAAGCGGACGGGGGCCAGACAGCGGGCAGGGUCCCAACCAACCAGCUUUGAUAAUGCCGUCCCAUUCAGCCCAUCCAGCAAGCUCCAUCAGAAAACAGUCUCGCACCAGCCCAGCUGCGAUGGCCCAGGGCUGCGCUCUCCCUCCACCAGGGUGGAACCAGAGAGCCCCUCGUUCAGACGGUCUGGCCCCGCCCAUCGCAGACAUGUGCGUACCAUCCAGGAAGUGCGGACCACCGUCACACGCAUCAUAACAGACGUGUAUUACGAGGACGGAAAAGAGGUGGAGCGUAAAGUCACAGAGGAGUGUGAGGAUCCGGUGGUGGAGUGCCAGGUGUUGGACAGUGACAUCUCUCCGUGUCGUACGGGGUCUUCCAUAACCUCCGGCGAUCUGGGAGACAUCAGCUCGCUCUCCUCCAAAGCCUCCAGCCUGCAACACAGCUCAGGAGGAACCACCUGCAGCAGCGGCAUGGGCCCUGCCCGGCCCGACUUCAUCAUGCCUUCCAGCCGAGGGGCCCGAUCCAUCAGGGGAGGUGGUUCUGGUCUGGUCCAGAGGGGCCGAGGCCACGACCCUCCCCAGUCUGCCUCAGAAGACGAGCCGUUGCCGCGGCCGUGUGCCCCGCGUCUCCUGGACAGCCCGACCAGCAGCGAUCUGCCCAGCCGCUCCGACUCGCUGCGCUCCUCACCAGAGGAGGGCAGCUUGGCCGCUAGUAGCUUGGUGGGGCUGAGGGUGGUGGCCAAGUGGUCCUCCAAUGGCUACUUCUACUCGGGCCGCAUCACCCAGGACGCUGGGGAGGGCCGCUUUCUCCUGCUUUUCGACGACGGCUACGAGUGUGAUGUGGCGGGGAAGGACAUCCUGCUGUGUGACCCCAUCCCCGUGGAGACGGAGGUCACGGCCCUGCUGGAGGACGAGUACUUCAGUGUGGGUGUGGUGAAGGACCAUAAGACGGAGGCCCAGCAGCUGUACUACAGCGUGGAAAGGGACGGAGAGCGGCGGUGGUACAACAGGAGUUCGGUCAUCUUGUCCCUGGAACAAGGCAACCGACUGAGGGAAAAUCACAGCCUGGGCCCCUACGAGCCCACCACGCCGCUGGCCAAAGCCGCCGACAUCAGCCUGGAUAACUUGGUUGAGGGGAAGAGGAAGCGCAGGGGGGGUGCAGGAGACCAGGGGACCCCCACCCGCAGCUCCUCGUCCAGCCCCCGCAACCCGGGUCCCUCUGGGAAGAGGAAGCUGAUGAGCUCCGAGGGGGAAAGGAGUGCCGCCAAGAGAGGCCGCCGCGGGGCGGGCCCCCGAUCCGCCCAGCGUGUCGGGGUGUGUAAUACCUCCGGCAGUGGCACCGACCUCCCGGGUCAAUCGUGUGACCUGACAGAGAGCCACGGCCCUCUGCCGCAGAGCUCCUCCCUUUUUAUGGGCUUUGCCUUCAUGCUGACCGCCUCGUCAGAGACCGACCGGCUGACCAACAAGCUAACCAGUGAUGAUGAGGAGGAGUACGUACAGACUGCUCCCUACAACAGAGGUUACACAGAGUCCCAGCUGCAGGCAGGUGGAGGAUUCAUCCUCUUGGAUUUUAAUGAAGAACAGUGUAAGGCAGCCUAUCAGAGCCUGCUCAUUGCUGACCAGCACUGCCGUACCAGGAAGUACUUGCUGUGUGUGGCCAGCGGCGUGCCAUGCGUGUCUCACAUUUGGGUGCGAGAUUGCUGCAAGGAAAACAAGCUACUCAACUACAGGAACUACCUGCUGCCUGCCGGGAUCGGCCCCGACCAGGCCAUAGUGGAAUGGCAUCCUCGCUGCAGCCCGUUCAGCGCCUUGCGGGUCCUGUUGGUUUUCAAAGAGCCGACAGAGCUGUGGGCUCAGCUGCUGAGCAUGAGUGGCGCCGCCUCUGUGCGUCAUUACCAGGCAGACAAGGACAGUUCUGACAUUCAGGCCGGCAAGUUCGACGUGGUCGUCACAGAUGCCGCCUGUCCUCCGUUGGUGGAGACGAAGGUGACGUCACAGCAAGUUCCCCUGGUGUCUCCUGAGUGGCUGAUCCAGAGUCUGAUCUGCGGGGAGCUGUUGGGUUACCAUAGCAAACCACAGUAUCGCCAUGACUACGCCUCAUCGUAAUCCGACGCCAUCCGUCCGUUUAAAAGGCCUUUCAUCAUGUCCAGUGUCUGGUGUUAGUUCUGGUGCAUGCUUCUGCUGUAUAUAAUUUUACCUGUUUGUUUUUAUGGAAUAAUAAAC